UCGGCGCCUACAAAAAAAUCUGAGAAGACGAGAUCCUUGUUCAUUUGAUCCUUCUUACAAAAUCCUCAACUAAUACGAAACCCCUGAAUUCUCCGUAACUUCUUGCAAGGAAAAUUCUAAUGGAUCAAUCGUCUUCACCGUCUCCUUCCGAGGAAAGCUUGAAGCUUGAACUUGAUGACCUGCAGAAACAGCUGAACAAAAAGCUGAGAUUCGAGGCAUCCGUUCGGUCUAUUCAUUCUCUUCUUCGUGAUCGCUACACUUCCUCCUCUCCUUCUCUCCGUAAACAGUUUUAUAUAGUUGUAUCUCGUGUGGCAACGGUUCUUAAGACAAGAUAUACAGCUACUGGGUUUUGGGUUGCGGGACUGAGCCUUUUCGAGGAGGCUGAGAGACUUGUCUCUGAUGCUUCUGAGAAGAGACACUUGAAAUCUUGCGUUGCUCAAGCCAAGGAGCAGUUAAGCGAAGUAGAUAAUCAGCCAACCGAGAGCUCACAAGGUUAUCUUUUCGAGGGACAUCUAACGGUUGAUCGUGAGCCGCCACAGCCUCAGUGGCUAGUGCAGCAGAAUCUCAUGUCCGCUUUCGCUUCCAUCGUUGCUGGUGAAUCCUCUAAUGGCCCUCCUUCUGAAAACAUUCUUGGAGAAACGGCCAACUUGAUGCAAGAACUCAUCAACGGUUUUGACGGUAUCAUCCCAGAGAUACUAGAAGAUGGUGGACCACCAAGAGCUCCACCGGCGAGUAAAGAAGUUGUCGAGAAACUUCCAGUGAUUGUUUUCAGUGAGGAAUUGCUUAAAAAGUUAGGAGCAGAGGUAGAAUGUUGCAUCUGCAAAGAGAAUUUGGUGAUCGGCGACAAAAUGCAGGAGUUACCAUGCAAGCACACAUUCCACCCUCCUUGCUUAAAGCCUUGGCUGGACGAGCAUAACUCUUGCCCUAUAUGCCGCCAUGAAUUACCAACAGACGAUCAGAAAUAUGAGAGUUGGAAAGAGAAUGAGAAAGAGGCAGAGGAAGAGCGGAAAGGCGCAGAGAAUGCUGUUCGCGGAGGUGAAUAUAUGUAUGUGUAGAUUUUAAUGAAUUUAUGUCACACUCCAUUGUUUUCACUUUUACAUCUCCCAUUGUUAUUCGCCAGUUAUAAUAUGAAAGCUUAUAUACCAACGACAGAGUUCAUUAAUAAUAUUACACACAAAUUGUA